AUGUUAAAGGAAACUAAAAAGUUUAUUGGUAAAUCCCUUCAGCCAGCACGACCUGUGCAUCAUCUGUCUUCUAAACAAGAAAGGAUCAAAUACAGCCGAGAUUUCCUUCUGAAACUUUCAAGUGUUUCUCUCUCUCAGAAGAAGCCGGAGUUUCUUCCUGAUCAUCCCAUUGUACUUGAAAAGCCAGUAAAGGAAGACCCCUGCAGAAAUGGAAUCAGUGGACAAAUGAACUCUAAAAUUCCUCAUGGCAUGGCUAAAUUGCAGAUAAUUUGGGUAGAGGGAAAUAAGGAUG